AGAUUAGAUCUUUAGAUGUAUACUGUCGGCUUAGAUUAACAUAUCCCGUGAAUUGCAUUUUUUUAAAAUCAUGUCAAACCACCUAUUAGUUUUGUCACUGGGCUAUAAAUAGAUCAUACAGACUUAAUUAAAUUCCUGAAGUACUGAUGACUCGACACAUUUGUACUUGCAAAACGUAGCCUUAUGCAACUUUAAAGAAACUUUCCGUUCCGCCUUCAUUUGCAAAAGGGAACUUCAGUCGUUCAGACUGAAAUAUUGCAACAACACUUUUUAUGAUAAAACUCGAGGACCGCUUCAUCUUCAGUAGAAAAUUGACAGUAUGUCCUCGCCCACAGGUCAACAUAAACGCGUGUGUAUUAUUGGCGGAGGUGUCUCCGGGCUGACUUCCAUCAAGUCUUGCCUGGAAGAAGGUUUACGCCCUGUUUGCUUCGAGCAACAUGACCAUGUAGGCGGACAGUGGCAUUUUUCAGAAAAUAUGGAAACUGGCAGAAAUGAUUCUCUUUGCAGAAUGUUCUCUGCAGUCGUUACAAACACGAGUAAAAAGAUGACUGAAUUCAGUGACUUUCCAAUGCCAAAGGAUUUCCCCACAUUCAUUCCUGCCCGCAAAAUUACCAGCUAUAUUCAAGACUAUGCGGAACAUUUUGAUUUGAAGAAAUAUGUCCAAUACGGGAUGAGGGUAGAUGACGUCAGCAAAGCAGACGAUUUUUCUCAAAGCGGACAGUGGAAGGUUACAUAUACACAUGUAAAAGAAAUAAGCCACCAAAAGACUGAGAUAUUUGAUUGUGUUAUGGUGUGCAAUGGCAUCUUUAAUGAGCAGAAUCGGCCCCAUUAUCCUGGAUUAGAGAUGUUCCAAGGGGAAGUUACACACGGGGGAAACUACUUCCACUGCGACCCAUACAAAGAUAAGAAUGUUUUAGUAGUCGGCUCUUCUUUCUCUGCAGCAGACAUUGCCGUCGACCUAAGUCGCAUGGCUAAGAAUACAUAUAUAAGCACCAGACGUGGAUUUUGGAUAAUGCCACGACUUCCAGACGGACAAGACCCAUGGGACAUGACGCUUUUCUCUAGACCACUCAUUAACUGGCUUCCGUGGGCAUUGAGGACUCGUGCGUGGGGAAAUGUCCUGAAAGAACGGUUCAACUAUCAGAAAUUUGACGUCAACCCUCACAAAAGGUUUCUCAGUCAAUCGCUGUGCAUAACAGAUGAGCUUCAAAACAAGCUGCUAUAUGGGCAGGUCAAAGCAAAGCCCUCCAUUUCAAAGUUCACUUCAAGUGGUGUGACAUUCACGGACGGAACCAGCAUAGAAGACUUAGACGCUGUUAUAUUUGCUACUGGAUACAGACUAAAGUGUGCCUUCAUUAAAGACACUCAAGUGCUUCCAGAAAACUCAGCAGAAAUGGAGAUGUACAAACAUAUUUUCCCCGUAAACAUCAAACAUCAAACCCUUGUGUGCAUCAACUACCUACGGGUGUUAGGCUCCGUUCUUCCCACGUCCGAACUUCAAGCACGUGUCGCCGCUCGCGUGUUUUCUGGAAACUUAAAGCUCCCAAGCGCAUCCCACAUGAAACGAGACGUAGCAGAGAAAAAAUCUGAGAUAAUAAACCAGUGGGGGAAUUGCACCGUACCAAAGGAAUUUGUGUAUUUCUACUAUGAGGAAUUGGCGCAGUUAUUAGGAGUCAAGCCCCAAACGUGGAAGCUUCUUGUCACAAAUCCAAGUUUGGUAAAAAAACUCAUGUUUGGUCCAGUGACGCCUGCGCAAUACCGCCUCCAUGGACCCCACGCCAAUUUUGACGUCGCGGCACAAUCUAUUUUAGACAUAUAAAUUAUAAUGUUGGUGUUGUCUUUGAAAAUUGGACUUACAUCAGAUGAAUGUAUUUCAUGUGUCAUUCCUAAACCUAUAAGCAAGCAUGUAUGUAGUUCGUGUUUGUGAUUGUUACUUGAAUAUACAGGAAUGCUACAGUUGAGUUUGGCGUUUGCAUCGUGCCGAUUGUGGUGACUGUAUAUGUGAUUCCAAUCAUCUACACUAUAGGAAUCAAGAGAUUCAGACUAACCGCUAGACGAAUGACAAGGACGUUAAAAUCGAGCAUAUAGGGCCUUUAAAUGUGGAUGUCUACCUCAUAGAAGAGGUGCAUCAAUUACUUUUGAUUUUAUCAAUUUUUUUUUAUACCGCAAUUAUUUGCUCACUACUUUUAAAAGGAAACAUACUUUCAAGACUGCUAAAUCGAAACCAGUCUCAAAAAUAUGAGUCAGUGACAAUACAUAUGUACAAGAUCGACGUUUUAGACCAAGUUUUAUCUGAAGUCGGAUCAAUUGCGCAUCACGAUGAAAAGGACGCAAUACGUAAGAAGAGUCACAAUUUUCAUUUUUAAAAUUUUGUUUAAACUACAUGUACAACAAUAAUAUUUUUACACAAAGAUUGAUAUUCAGACAUUAUUAUAAUCAAAAUAUAUAAUCAGUUACUUGACACUUAUAUCACGUUAGAAUGAUGAGUGAUCUGGACUGAAUUCCUAGAUUUUUUUCGUCAAUUUUCUAUUUUUCAUGAUGUGCAGACUAAGAGGUCAGUCGGCAUAAUCUGUGGUUACAUGUAUAUACUCACUGAACCACUCACUCGCAUACUGCUGGAUAGGGAGACAGGGCCUCUUCAAUGGAAGGUACAGAUUUAUACAUAUAAGUACCAAAAUGUGACAGUUAAGUAGGUUGAUUAUGUUUUUUAUACAGAUUUAUACCUAAAGAUGAUAUUAUAAAAUGGUUGGGACAAUUUGUAUUUUAAAUAUUAAUUUGUAUCUCAAUUUACGUACAUAGUGUGUUACUUAAAUUAAACGGAUGUUGUAAUAUUAUAAAAAGCAAAAUGUGUAUCGUCUUCAAUUCCGCUAAAACUAGUACAAAAAGUAAGAACCCUGGAAUUUUUAUGUGCACUGCAAUUCUGAAUUUUUUUAUUCAGACCGACACUAGGGCUAGCUUAAUCCAAGUCUACAUCCUUACACCUGUUCAGUUAAACUGUCCUCUCUCCACUCUUGAGCUAAUGUGAAAUAGGCUCCCUAUAUGCAUGUGGUGUUAAAUAACCCUCUACCACGACCAGAGAUUAAUUUUUUACUAAAUAUUCACAGAUAUGUCUCUCACUAAUUCUUUAGAUUUUCUCUGCUGUCCAGCGAAAAUGUUUUACACAUGAAAUAAAUGUCACCACUCAUCUGGCAUUACUAAGCUGUCAUCAUUUAGCUAAGGGAGGAAGUACACAGUGUUCAGGUGAACCGAACCGACUGAG